AUGGCUGCAGAUGACAGCAGAAAGACCGUUCUGAUCACCGGUUGUGCUGCCGGUGGAAUCGGACACUCCCUUGCCUUGGGCUUUCACAAACGAAGCUUCCGAGUUUUUGCAACUGCUCGGUCCCUCACACAGUUGACAAAGCUUGCUGACCAGGGUAUCGAGACUCUCGAGCUCGUCGUGGACAACAAUGAGUCUAUUCUAUCCGCCCACAAGACCAUUGAGAACUUAACUCAUGGUCGUGGAUUGGAUUUUCUAGUAAACAACGCCGGCGUCUCGUAUGUAAUGCCAGCUCUCGAUGUCGACGUGGAAGAAGCCAGAAAAGUCUUCAACGUCAAUUUCUUCGCAAUAGUGAGGCUCUGCCAAACUUUCGCGCCUCUUGUGAUUCAAGCAAAGGGCACAAUCGUCAUGAUUGGCAGUCUUGCUGGCGUCAUUCCUUAUGUCUUUGGUAGCAUUUACAACGCUUCCAAAGCUGCCUUGCACGCAUAUACUAACACCUUGAGGGUUGAACUCGCACCCUUUGACGUCAAGGUCAUCAACAUCGUCACGGGUGGUGUCAAGUCUCGCAUUGCAUCCCACAUCACCCGCUAUCUCCCAGAGAGCAGCGUCUACGCUCCUCUUGAGUCCAAUUAUAUGAGACGACAGACUCACUCCCAGGAGGGUGCCAUGUCCACUGAGGCAUAUGCCGAGAGUGUUGUCAAGCAGAUCCUUCCAGGUUCGGGUCCUUGGCCUUGGCGAUGGCUAUUUAGAGAUGCUCGUAAGAAUUGGAUUUGGGAAGGCAAUAAGAGCUGGCUUGUGUACUAUGUCAGUGGCGGUUAUACUUGGUCCGGUGUGCUCGACUGGUACAUGUCUCUCGUCUUCGGUCUUGCGAAACUGCGAAAAGCCCGACAACAAUAA